GUUAAUUUCUAUCAUGGCCCUGUGUAUUUAUUAAUGUUAUGUUUCUGGGGUUGUUAUUGUGGUACGCAUGUAGUUGAAUGUGGUAGUUGGGUGUUUUGAUUUUUGUCAAUUCUCCUCUACUACUGUUGUGUACUUAUAUAUAACAAAUAUAUAUGGGGAUUAAUAAACUUCCGUCAUCCAUGUUCCCAUAGCGAUACUCAUUACGCUCAUCUGCUAGACAUCAGCUGUAUCAACAGGUAUGGCUCAUUUUUAAUUCCGGGUCAUUACUCAUAUUAACGCAUAUAACGUAGCGUAGUUGACAUGAAUUUUUUUUUUUUUUGUCUUAUAUUACCAUUUUAGCUAUUUGAAAUGGAUGACCCAGAAGACACGAGCCGGGAUAAUGUGCUUUGAGGCGAUGCCAUGGAGGAGAUAUUCAUCGACAUGCUCUACCAGGACGCCCUUCAAGGUAGAUUAAAGGGCGGAAAGAUAACGUUUAGAGAGCAUGGAAUUUAUGCACAGCGACUCACCGCUGUUGGGAAGAAAGUGUUUGACGGGAAUAAGGUUCGUGGAAAAUUGACGAGGUUGAAGGGGAUGCAGCGCUUGUUUACCGAUUUGUUGAGCCAAACUGGUAUGGGUUGGGAUCCUGACACAAAGACAGUAGUCGCGAGUGACGAGUGCUGGGAAAAUACCAUUAGGGUUAAAUCGAAAUGGGGGAGGUUUCAUACUUUUGGCUGCCCAAAGUACGAGGUGUUGUGCACCAUAUUUGGCGCUUCAGUUGCAUACGGGACUAUGCAACACGCAUCAACACAGCUACCCGCAGAUAGCGACGAGGAGCGGCGCCUGGAUGAGGAGAUGCGAGCUCGACGCCCUCCCGCACUAGGCCAUCGACAAGGAUUGCCCAUUGACAAUGAUGGCUUUAUUGACUUGAUGGGGAUCGGGUCACCUUCAGUCGAUGCAGUGACACAAUCAUCACGUAGGCCGAAGACAAGAAAGAAGAGCGAUUUUGAGGUGCAGCUUUCUGAGGCCGUGGAGGAGGUGAAACUGACGCAGAGAACGAGGCGUAAACGAUAUGAGGAUCAAGAAGCUGUGGAAUCAUCGAAGCGCAGCAAAGAGUCACAGCCUAGUGAUGGGACCAAUGGGGGGUAUGAUCCGAUUAAUCAUUGUGCGACGUUGCUCAGAGAGCUUUCCCCGAGGUUGGAGUCAUCCCAACUUGUUCGCGCAAUUAAGGAAUUACUAAACCCAGAUAUGCGACAGUUUUUCUUGUCCUUGGAUGCUGCAGGGAGGGACGAUUGGGCCCGUAAUUGUUAAAGUAGGCUCAUUUUUAAUUGUUAGGUUAUAUUUUCGAUGGCAUUGUCACCCUUUAUUUUUCAAGAGACCAUUUGUAUUCCUUUGAUGAGUUUAUAAACAGCUACUUUUCCAAUGUGGGUUGU